CGUUAUCGAAGGGAUGUAUGAUUCACGGGACUGCUUUGACCCUAACUCUGGUCUUGGCCUUGUCGAAGAAGGAUUUUUCCAUAAUUCCUUCAGCGUGCUCCUGUCUUAUUCUCGCUUGUAUCCUGUAGGCUUGAGUCUGUUGAUCUAUGUAGGCUUAUGAGGUGGUCUCUUGCUUCUUGCAGCCUUUUGAGGGAGGGAUGGUGUAGUGAGUCCAGGGGGGGAGAGGGGAGGAGCAGGGGGUGUUUUCUGCUGGCGGGGUGUGACUGUGUGCCACCUCUGCUUCCUUUCCAGUGGGCGGGGGUCGUGGUUGCGCCCCCUCUUAUGAGUUCUCGCUCAUCGUCGCCUGGCGAGUCUCCGUGGGGGCUGAGGUGUCCAUGUCUUCCGGCUCCAGAUGCUCUUCUUGACGGUCUGGCUGUGCAAUGCGGGGUAGUGCGGAGUGCAGCUGCAAUUGUCGCUGUUGCUGUUUCUGUUUCAUUAGUUUGUGUGGCCAGUACAUCUGCAACUGGUGUUGCUGUUGUUGCGGCCAGCAGAGGUGUUGCUGCCUUUGUAGCUGCAACUGCUGUUCCUGUUUCGUAUGCAUUGUUGGUGUUCCUUUUCGUUGUUGGAAGUGCUGGGUUUGCUGAUGCUGAAGUUGAAUCUGCUGUUGUUGGUGCUGCUGAUGCAGUUGCUGGUGUGGCAGCCGCUGGUCUUGCUGAUAUUGCAGCUGUUGUUGGCGCUGCUGCUGCUCUUGCUGUAUUUGCUCUUGCACGUUUAGUUGCUGCUGUUGUUGCAGCUGGAGCUGUUGCUGCGCCACUUGCUCUUGCUUCUGCCACAGCUGAUGUUGCUGAUGCUGCAUUUGAAGUUGUAGUCGCAGCUUUUGGUGGUCUUCUUGCUGUUGCAGCUGCUGGAUCUGCCUCUGUCUCUCUCGUUCUUGCUGAUGAAGCUGGUAUUGUUGUUGCCGGUGUUGGUGUUGGUGUUGCUGUUGCAUCUGUUGUGCCUGCUGUUGCUGCUGUUGUUGUUGCAGCUGCAUGAGUUGCAGUUUGCCCCGGUGUUGCUGCUGAAUCUGCCGCUGUCGUGCCUCUUGGACUUGCUGUGCUACUGCCCUUGUUGUUGUUCCUCUUGUACCUGUAGCUGAAGUUGCAGUUGCUGUUGUCGUUGGAGCUGCCGCUGCGUUUCUUGCUCUUGCUGCUCCUGCGCU